UGCCUCGUCGUCCCUCUGGCAACUCACUUCCAGGCUAUCCUUAGUGGACAAACUUAAUCAGUGAUGUUAAUACCCAGAGAAACACCUUCGCAGUCGGUUACAUUUGCUUCAAAUGAUAUUUGGUUUCUCGGUGCAUCUACGACGUUGCUUUGAAGUCUGGUGUUUUGUGUACGUUCAGUGAUUGCAGGAAUUCCCGAGUCGCUUUUGGUGAGGAAUACGUUUACCAGAGCGAGUCUUGAGGCUGCCAUCAGGAAGAUAUAUAGGGAAGUGAGAAGAAGCCUUACCUACUGAGGAAAGUUCCAACUGGCUAAUCAUGUUUGCUUCCUCACGUACCUCUCUGAACCUGCUGGGGGUCCUGAUUUUGAUGUCAAAGGUGACCAACGCUAGAGCCCAUCUUGGAAGUUGUGAGGACCAUUCUACCGAAUGCUCGAAAUGGGAGUCCUGGGGCUUUUGUGAAACGAACCUAAAAUUCAUGGCUCAGAAUUGUCCGGUCAGCUGUAAAAUCUGCCUAGAUCCAGGAUGCUUCAAUCGUAGCCCGUUCUGUGAUUCGUGGGCGCUCGAAGGAUCGUGCACCCGGUACGAUUUCGUGCAGACUCUCUGUCCCCACUCUUGCAACUUGUGUCAAAUUCCCAACGAGUUCUUGUCCAGCAACAACAGGAGCAUUGCACGGCCUGAUUUCGGCUGCGGGAGACCUUUAAGGAAACGGGGACGCGAGUCAGGAAGAGCAAAAAGGCAGAGCACCUCGGUAGCUGAUUUUUUGUUGCAGGCCGGGCAAAGCAGAUCUAAGAGGCAUACAGUACACCCAUUCGAUCACCACCACCACGAUGAUCACCACCACCACGAAGAUCACCACCACCACGAAGAUCACCAACGUCAUGCCCUCCGCGACCUCCCUCACGACCAGAGUCGCGCUAUGCUGCGGGAAUCGCCGAUCAAUUUCGGGAAGGACCACUGCUCUCCCGUCCUGAUUCACGAGAGGUUCCUGCUCAUCGCUGCGCAUUGCGUUCUUGAUCCUGACAGGCCCGUUAGACGGCUUCGCCUGGGAAACCUGAGGCCUGUCGAUUAUGAGGUGUCUAGGGUCAUCAUUCAUCCCAACUACAAACUUAAUACCUACGAGCGGUAUAACGACGUAGCCCUUCUUCAGACUAAAGAAGCCAUCCAGUUCAAUGAGGAGGUUUAUCCAUCUUGCCUGACAGACCAGAGGCCUCCUGCUGGCUCUGCAGUUACAGAUAACGGCUCAGAUCUCGCGCCUGCGCAAAGGGACGAAGGCAACCUGGAAAUAGUGCACCCGCUCCAGUGCGAGAUCCUCUACAAGAGCGAAGGGAUGGCGAACUCGCUCAGAGUUCAAUAUCCUCGGUUCAUUAGGGACACCGACAUCCUUUGCGCCAAUUUUCGAGGAAAUAAUCGAUGUGAAAAGAGCACGAGAGGUCCUCUCUUCCUAGACGAGUCGGGGCGUCGGUUCCUCAUCGGCUUCGUCAGCAAAGACGCCUCGUGCAGGCGAACAGCCGCCGCCUCCAUCAGCCUUCCUGGAUUUUACACAAGCGUGGCGGACCAUAUUAACUUCAUCAACAGCAUCAUUUAUCCUUAAAUGUCCAUUU